AUGCUCCGAUCGCUUAUUGGGCCUACCUUCUCUCUUCUUCUUCUCGACUACAGGAGCACGUGCACGGCGUACUCAAAAUUCGUUCAAAUUGGGGACAGAACAAAUGGAAAUGCAAUAAGCCCUAAGUUGGAAAUGAGGAUGAUGACACGUGAUUCACAUCAGGUAAUGACUUUAGGGUUGCAGUGGAAGAAGGAGAAAGAGAGUUGUUGGGAUAGUAUUGCUUUCUUCACCCGAUUUCUUUCUGCAUAUACAACACACGUUACGAGUUACAGCUCGUAUGGUUAUCUACUCUUAUUUGGAUCCGACUCCGACCCAUUUUUAGCUUUGGAUCUGACCCGACUCAUUUUAACUUUAAUAUCUUUAAUUAAAUUCACUGUCACUCUCGGGUUUAAAAAUGAGGAUCAAAACAAUUCCCACCCUACAAUAGUUUCAGUGGUCACCAAGGCUGAGCUCUGGCUAAUUUCCACCCUACUUUUAAAAGGUGAGCAGGUCUAAUUUCCUGCACUAGGGAUGCUCUGAUCUGAUGAAGUUCUUGGAAAGUGUGUACAUGAAAAAACUCUUGAAAAGUGAGUUGCAUUUGUUCUACAUCUACUCUUUAAGCAUAAUUUCUUAAAAAAUUCCUAGA